ACAAGAAUACCUAACUCUAAUUCAGUUUUCUUUUUCUUCUUCUCUCUUCCAUCCAGCCUCUCCCCUUCUCUGUUCUCUUCUCUGAUUCCCUCCUUCUUGCUUACAAGUUACAGCCGUCCUCUCUCCCUCUUCCAUAAUCAGAUUCACGAAUCAAUCACAAUAAACGCGCGACCUCUGCGGCGGCCGCCUCUGCCUGACUGCCUCCGUGGCCGUUCCGCCCGUUCGUGGCUCUCGGGCCUGUUCGCUGCAACUCUCCAGAUCGCCUCUGCCUGACUGUUUUGUUCGCUGCAACUCUCAAAAGCUACAAAUUGAUGGGAGUUACUUUGUUAUGCAUUCUUUGAAAGUUGAGACAACCUUCUUGACUCAAGCAUACCUUAUUUUUCUCUCUCGAAGAGGAUAGUUGUAGGGUAGUUGUUCUGUUCCUUCUGAUCCCUUGAACCGCUGCCACUUUACCAUUGCCAGUUAAGUUGCUGCCACCAUCCCUUGCACUUAAAAAAAACUAUUCCUACAACAUCAACAUUUUCAAUAAUAUUAACGAAACCAAGAUUUGUGAAUUUUUUAAUAAACCAAAUUUUCCAUGGAAAUUCAACAUAUUCUACCUGGGUUUUCUCCAAAAUUAUCUUCAGCGCCAUCAUUUCCAAUCUCAAAACAACUUUUCUCUUUGAAAUUCCCUUUACUUUCUUCUUCAUACCCUUCUAUUCAGUCCCAAAAUUUUGAGGUUCCGAGUGGAGCCGUUUACCCUAUGAGCAUUUCACAAAAAGACAUAUGUUCUAGUUCUAGGAGGAGAGUAUCAUGUAGCAGUAAUACUGCAGAUCCAAACAAGGGGCAUGAGGUGAGAGCUCAGGUCACAGGGAGAAGGAAAAAGCUGGCUGUGUUUGUGUCUGGCGGAGGAUCUAACUUUAGAUCAAUUCAUGAAGCAUCUAAAAGGGGGUCACUUCAUGGAGACGUUGUUGUAUUGGUUACAAACAAAAGCGAGUGUGGAGGUGCGGAGUAUGCUAGAAAUAAUGGUAUACCAGUUAUAAUGUUCCCUAAAGCAAAGGAUGAAUCCGAUGGGUUAUGUCCAAAUGACCUUGUUGAUACACUAAGGAGAUUCGAGGUUGAUUUAAUUCUUUUAGCUGGAUACCUCAAACUUAUACCAGUGGAAUUGAUCCAAGCUUUUGAAAGAUCUAUAAUAAACAUUCAUCCAUCACUUCUUCCAGCUUUUGGAGGAAAGGGCCACUAUGGUAUGAAGGUACAUAAAGCAGUAAUUGCUUUUGGUGCAAGAUUUUCAGGUCCCACAGUUCAUUUUGUGGAUGAACACUAUGACACAGGGCGUAUUCUUGCCCAGCGUGUUGUCCCUGUGCUUGCUAAUGAUACUGCUGAAGAGUUGGCUGCAAGGGUUCUAAGAGAGGAGCACCAAUUAUAUGUUGAGGUGGUAGAGGCUUUAUGUGAAGAUCGUUUAGUUUGGAGGAAAGAUGGUGUUCCUCUCAUCCGAAGCAAAGAAAAUCCUGAUGAGUUUUGUUGAUUUAUCACUUACAUGGUCAUAAAUUCACUUUUAAUCUUUUAACUACACAAUUAUAGAUUAUAAUAUACUUAUAUUCUACUCGAGUAACCAUGUGGCUUCCCCAUCUAAGAAUAUCAUAAGUUGGAAACCACAAAUUUUCCUCCCAACCUGUUCAAUGCAGACUUAUGUUAAUUUGCAUCUUGAAGGAUCUUAGGUCUUCGCUACAUUGUGGUAUAUUCCACAAGUGGCAAAUGUUGUAAUUUGCAUUGUGAUAAGGGCUAUUGACAUGAAAUGCGAUUUAUCGCAAAUAAAGUGAGUAAGUCUCUCCAUGGAGUAGCAAUCUUGGUCCCCCUUCACAUGUGGAUUCUCAUAUUGCACAAGUAUUGGUCCUCAGAGAAAGUGAAUUUCCAUGGAGUAGCAGUCUUGAUUCCCUCCACUUGUGCAUUAUCAUUUCACAUAAGUGUAGUGUGGGCGGUGACUUUUGACUUUAUGUGUAUGGUCUAUUGUUGUCUUUGAUUUUAUUUUUAUUUUUAUUUUUUACAGAAGUCUUUGAUUAUUCUUGUAUGGUUAUGGUUAUGAUAUGUUUUUGCCUGCUGCAUUUUCUGUCA